AUCGUGAUGUCGAGACUUCCAAUGGAGCCUAAGGCUGACGUCAAGCGCCCUUCCAAGUGCGGGGGACCACAAAGACGACGACUCUGGUAAGGUCAGCACGAGCCAUGGGAGGAUGAAUAUCAGCUGGUGGCACAAGACAUGGUUAACAGAGCUUGAUAUUUGUGGAUUCAACGUGCAUACCACCGACACGCAUACCUUGACAGUAAUUGGGCUUAUGAUAGGCUGAAGCUCCAGCUUAUGGUCUUUCGAAGCCCAGGGCUCGGUGCAUCCAGCGAUUUCGCGGGUAAGCGAACACAUCUUCAAAAUGAUGGAUGCCACUUUCAUAAUUGGAGGGAAGGUCGGCGAAUGGUGAUAGAUUCACGUGGCCGACGGUCUCCAGAUCUGGGGCCGAGCGCGAGCACCAAAUUUCCCCCAUAGCAACCAUCUUCUUUCCUCAUCCAUCGCUUGCACAGUUGAUACGCUCGUUUGCCGAUACCACUUAUCGUGUGUUCCCCUGUCGUGCUCUUUCUAGCCAAGGGGCUGUCACAUCCCCGCCUCCCCGCCUAUCCACUCGGCUAAUUGACGACUGAGGCGCUUCUCUACUCCAACUCCAAGUGCGUACAUCCUCAUUUGAAGAACGGCCGGCCCGGCUAUCUCAGGUAUAUAACACUGCAUAUUUGUAUCCUGUAAAUGAGUACCUUUUUUCACAAUUGGCCUUCCAAUUCAUCUUUCAGCAAACGAUUGUGUAUGUAGCGACGCGGGGCUGCUUUUGCUGCUUCAUUCCUUGAACAACCAUGGAGACUAUUCAGAAACCAUAUGUGAGAUCUCUCGGCCCUAGAGGCUAUGUACAGGGAGUCACGAUAUCCUCCAAAUUCUCCAACAGACCUCUUUGUCACUACUUUGGUGGCAUUCGUUAUGCACUCUCUCCGUCAGAUCGCUGGCGAAAGGCUCAGAAACUGUCCUCAGCAUACACAUAUGGGACCAAAGACAGCCCCUUCCAAUGCCCUGGCUCUUCGGGCGUAUGUCCCCAAGCCACAUUUAUGGAGCUUUCGGCUACACAAGGUUGGGAUGAGGAUUGCUUCCAAUGCAACGUAUGGGUUCCUCUUGGUGAACCCCCAAAGAAUGGAUGGCCUGUCCUUUUCUUCAUCCAUGGCGGCUUCCUGCAAUUCGGUUCCCCAAAUUCGUUCCACGCCGCAGCUCUUUUAGGUGAAACGGACAUGAAUGCUAUCGUUGUCAUGCCGGCCUACCGUCUAGGCCCUCUGGGUUUCCUCUACUCUUCAGAACUCGAAACGGACGCCGCCUCAGUUGGCGAGACCGUGGGAAACCACGGCUUCUGGGACCAGCGCAUGGCCUUAGAAUGGACCCGGGACAACAUUAGCGUAUUCGGCGGCAACGGCUCUGAGAUCACUCUCACAGGAUACUCCGCCGGAGCCUACUCCGUCUGCUACCAACUGGCCUACGACCUAAACGUCCCCGACAGCGAAUCCCUCGUAAAGCGCGCCUGCAUCUGGUCCAACUCUUUCACCGUACAUCCCAAGUCCCCAUCCCUCGCCCAAACCCAAUUCAACCAACUCCUCUCCGCCCUCCACAUCCCCAUCACCCUCCCCGCCGCCGAGAAACUCCGCCGCCUCCGCUCUACACCCCACAACACCCUCCUCGGCGCCGCAACAUCCAUAGACCUCCACGAAUUCCGCCCAACAACCGACAACGCCUUCAUCCCCAACAACCUCUUCCACACCCUCGACAAUGGAACCCUCGCACGCAAGCUCGUAUCCCGAAACGUCCGCAUCAUAACCGGCGAAUGCCGAGACGAACACUUUCUCUACGGAAGCUGGCGCCCACCCCACCAAAACACCAUUGGCGGUCUCCGCCACCGCCUCCUAGCAGACUACCCGCAGCCCAUAGUCGACGCCCUCAUGAGAAUGUAUUACCCCAACGGCACUCUGCCACGCGAUUGCGAGAACUGGGACUCCGACGCCUUUGGGCGCGUGUAUGCUGAUAUGCAGGUGCACAACAUGCAGCGCGGGUUCAUCUACGCACUCACGAACCCCGCUACGAACAAACCUGUUCCCGGGAUCGAGAAGCUGAUCUUCCGAUAUCGCAUGGAGUAUCGGCUUUCGUGUGCUGAUCGGUCUCUCCCGCCUGCGUGGGGGGUUACGCAUGCGACGGACCAGUACAUUUGGUUCUGGGGUAAUGGGGAGGUAAUCAAAGAGGCGGAGAAGGGACUUAUUAAGAAGGCGGUUGUAGAUCCGUUUGUCAAAUUUGUGCAUGGGGAGGACGAUUUGAAGUGGGGGACCCAGAGUUAUAAGGAGAUGAGAACGUUGAAGCCGGAUGGAUCAGUAGGGAUUUGGAAGGAUGAGAUUUGGGAUGAGGGAGUUAGGGUUUGGAAGAUUCUUAGGGAGGUAGGGGAGUAUAGUGAUGGUGGCAGCUCUAGACUUUGA